UUGCAAUUCCCCGCCCAUUAAAAAUCAAAAACCUUUUUAGUUGUUCUCUCAAAAAUAUAAAUAAUCAAAACCCUCACUGCUUCACUCACUCCAUUUGCAAAUAAAAUGGAAGAAGAAGAUCAGCAAAAAUGCGUAGAUCUAGUUAAAGAAUUAGUCCAUCGUUUACUCUCCCAGCAGCAGCAGCAAAACCCUAAUUCCGUCACUAAACCCCCUAAUUUAAACCCUAAUCCAAACCCCAAAGAUUUCCAAAAUGCUUUUCGCUACGCAAUCCGCAUUAUUUCGAGUAGAUUAACUCCUACAAUUGCGCCUGAUUCCGCCGCAAUUGCUGAGUCUAUCAAGCGUCGUCUCGCUACUCAAGGUAAGUCCUCACUCGCGCUUACUUUUUCUGACCUUUUUAACAAAUUCUCUUCCAAAAAUGGCCCUGGUAGCAUCAAUAACAAAUGGGCUGUUCUUUAUUUGCUCAAGAUUAUCUCUGAUGAUGGAGUCAAUUCUACUUAUUUAUUGCCAAAUUUAGCUUUAAAUGACCUUGAUUUUAAUCAUCAUUCGCGGGUUAAUCAUAACUUGAAGCAAGGUGGGGGUAAAGGUUGGGAUAAUGGCGUUUUAUUGGUAUCAAAAGAUCCGCAGAAUUUGCGGGAGGUUGCCUUUAGGGAGUAUGUUAAUUUGGUUAAAGAGGAAACCGAAGCCACCGAGGAGGUUUUAGUUAGAGAUGUGUUGUAUGCUUGUCAAGGGAUUGAUGGGAAAUAUGUUAAAUUUGAUAUGAACGCGGAUGGUUAUUUAUUGCUUGACAGUGUUAAGGUUCCUAGAGCUACUAGGAUUAUGAUUAGGAAGUUGUGUGAGUUGGGGUGGUUGUUUAGAAAGGUAAAAGGGUAUAUUUCAGAGAGUAUGGAUCACUUUCCUGCUGAAGAUGUUGGUACUGUAGCACAAGCUUUUUGUGCUGCAUUGCAAGAUGAGCUCUCGGUUUAUUAUAAGUUGCUGGCUGUUCUUGAAGCGCAGGCAAUGAAUCCUAUUCCAUUGGUUUCUGAAGCGGCCGGUUCAGGGAACUAUUUAUCAUUGAGGAGAUUGUCAGUUUGGUUUGCGGAGCCAAUGGUGAAAAUGAGGUUAAUGGCUGUUCUGGUUGAUAAGUGCAGAGUUUUGAGGGGCGGGGCAAUGGCCGGGGCUAUACAUUUGCAUGCUCAGCAUGGGGAUCCACUUGUACAUGAAUUUAUGAGGAGUUUACUUCAGCGUGUGUGCUCUCCGCUUUUUGAAAUGGUGAGGAGUUGGGUUUUGGAAGGGGAGUUAGAGGACAUUUUUGCUGAGUUUUUUGUUGUGGGUCAGCCUGUGAAAGCCGAAUCACUGUGGAGGGAAGGUUACCGGCUUCAUGCUGGAAUGCUUCCUUCCUUCAUUUCACAAUCUCUUGCUCAGCGCAUCUUAAGGACCGGAAAGUCUAUAAACUUUCUUCGUGUUUGUUGUGAUGAUCGUGGCUGGGCAGAUACUGCAACUGAGGCUGCUACCGCCGCUGGAACCACAACUAGAAGAGGGAAUCUUGGAUACGGUGAAACCGAUGCACUCGAAACUCUGGUUGAUGAAGCUGCAAAGAGAAUAGAUAAGCACCUCUUGGAUGUUAUGCAUACAAGGUAUCGGUUCAAGGAGCAUUGUCUUGCAAUCAAGCGUUAUUUACUAUUAGGCCAAGGUGAUUUUGUUCAGUAUCUAAUGGACAUCGUCGGACCCGAUCUUUCUGAACCUGCUAGUACUAUUAGCUCUUUCAAGCUUGCUGGAUUGCUAGAAAGUGCAAUCCGAUCAUCUAAUGCUCAGUACGAUGACCGUGACAUAUUAGAUAGAUUGAAGGUCAAGAUGAUGCCGCAUGGCUCUGGAGAUAGGGGCUGGGAUGUGUUCUCCUUGGAAUAUGAUGCCAGGGCUCCACUAGAUACAGUAUUUACAGAGUCUGUUAUGGCAAGGUAUUUGAGAAUUUUUAAUUUUCUUUGGAAGCUGAGACGAGUAGAGCAUGCACUUAUUGGUGUUUGGAAGACGAUGAAACCAAAUUGCAUUACUUCUCAUACAUUAACAAAGCUGCAAGGUGCAGUUAAGUUACAGUUACUUUCAACAUUAAGGCGAUGCCAGGUUCUUUGGGAUGAUAUGAACCAUUUUGUUACAAACCUGCAAUAUUAUAUCAUGUUUGAAGUCUUGGAGGUGUCAUGGUCUGAUUUUUUAAAUGACAUGGAAGUAGCAAGGGAUCUUGAUGAUUUGCUUGCAGCCCAUGAGAAGUAUCUCCAUUCAAUCGUGGAGAAGUCUCUUCUCGGUGAACGUUCUCAACCUCUUUACAAGUCACUAUUUGUCUUGUUUGACCUUAUAUUACGUUUCAGAAGUCACGCAGAUCGAUUAUACGAAGGCAUUCAUGAAUUGCAAGCAAGAACAAUUGCAAGCUCCAUGCCUUCUCAAGAAAAGAACAAAUCACGACGGCACACGACUGGUAAAUCUUCAGAAACUGGAUCAUGGAUUAGUGAUGGAAGGAAAGCAAUAACAGAACGUGCAGGAGAAUUUCUUCGAAAUAUGGGGCAGGAAUUGGAUGCCAUAGCAAAGGAAUAUACAACGUUGCUAGAAGGAUUUUUAUCUCAAUUGCCUGUGCAGCAUCAUGUUGAUCUAAAAUUCCUCUUGUUCCGUCUUGACUUCACUGAGUUUUAUAGCCGUUGAAUCCAAUCAAAUAGGGGUUGAAGAAUCAGUUUUUAUGUCUGGGUUCAAACUCAAAAUUUGCUAUUCAAGGCAUGAAAACAUGGCUUCAGUUUGACUAAUUGCUCACUUCCAUGUGACUGAAUUGUGCAGUUCAUUGCUGACAUCUGGACAACCUGUUUGCAUCUUUGUUGCUAAUCUUUGAUGGAGUGUGCUUCUUUUUGAUAGCUUGGGCUAAGGUCUGCAACCAUAUUGAAGGUAUUCUUGUAUCAUUAGAUGAUGGUGUUAAAAUUAGUGUAGACGGCUUGAAUUUGAUUUGCCAAUUCAUUACUAAUGAUAUUAUUCCAGGUGUUGCUAGCUUUUUUUUCCGUGUGCUUGUAUAUUUGUACCACAGUUCUGUAAUGGCUAAAUGAUGAGUAAGGUAUGUUACAUGAUUUUCAUGUUCUAA